AUGCCCAAAGGCAAGCCUAAGUUUGGCACACCUCCUCGCGAUCCGGCGGAAGAUCCAAAUGAUCUACCACUUCCAUUCACCGAUGACCCGACAGGUGGCGCAGAUCCCUUUGAUAAGAGGGUUGAGGACGCCUGGGAUUGUAAAAAGGACUAUGCUAUGCCUGAGGAGGACUUUGUCACUCGCAAUGUCCCUUAUGAAGACAAUAUGCAGCCGCUUUUAGAGGGCUGGGCUAAGGCGCUGCUAUGUAUGCCUUCAUUGCGGCAGGCGACGUUGGGUUUCUCAGUGGAGAUCUUCGACAGCAGGUCUGCUGACGAAAAUGAUUUGUGCUUGGAUGACUGGGAAGUCAUCUACAAGGCGCCAGACAAUCUCGGUUUGUCUCGUUGGGACAGUAAUUUGGAACCCGAAGAGCGGCGAAAUAGGCGUCUAACUUUUCACAAUACUUAUGGCUGGCGGCCAAACAAAGAUAUCAUGGAUAUGUUGCAACGUGUUAGAGAGGAUAACUAUCCGGGAACUAAAUCGGUGGUAUUGGAUGUUGAUUCUUGGGGCGAUAUUUUAAGAUAG